ACUGCGUAACUAUGUCAAGUGACGUUUCUAUUAGUGAAAUAUCUGGAAGGUUAACAGGGAACUAUCAGUCUUUGCUUUUAAUUAUGCCAUACAUUUCAAGUUGAUUACACCUAAAAUGUAUUUUUUUUAUUUGGCAUAAUAUAUGAUGAUGUCAUUAUGUUAGCUGCCUUGGCUGGUUUGAAAGUGGAGGAUGAGGUGGAGUAUAUGGACACAUCUGAUACACCAUGGUACUGGUUUUACAAGACAGAGUCCGGUGUCUGGCACAGAGUUGAUGAUGAGGCAGUUAUUUUUAUGUCCAGUGCUGAAUUAGAGAGAUAUUACGCCAGAAACCAAUAUGGGGUUGUAAACAUAACCACUGCAGGAGGGCCAUUUCAGAUCAAUUUUGCAAAAAAAAUUCAGGUCAACUUAACAACUGGGCAAACAAGGCAGAUUAAACGCUCUUGUCUGACUAAGAAUAGCUUCAGUUACAGAUGCAAAUAUGAUGCUGUUUCAACAUCUCCACCCGCUCACUGGGAAAAUGCUGACCCCGAGAAACCUUAUCAGGCAUUUACUGUGACAAGAGGUAGCAGCGAAUAUCAGGAGAUUGAGAGUUUUGUCAAGGAUGUUGGCCUACUGCAGCAACCCAUUGUUUCCAUCAACAGAAUACAGAAUACUGACCUUUGGGAAUUGUUUUGUAGGAAAAAAAUCCAGUUGAAGAGGAUUAAAGGACAGUCAGAAAUUGAAGAGCAAAAGUUGUUUCAUGGCACGAGCUUUAACAACCUGGACUCCAUUUGCACAUUUAAUUUUAACUGCAGACUACCACAAAGUAAAAGAAGAAUAGGACAUGCAUAUGGCAAAGGAACCUACUUUGCAAAAUACGCAUCCUAUGCUAACACUUAUAGUGAAAAAAUCACUGACAGGGACACUAAAAUAAUGCUGCUUGCUCGAGUUAUUGUUGGGAAGUACAAAAAAGGAAGCGUGGAUUAUUGUACACCUGAUGAUGAAGAAGAUAAAUACACGUAUGAUAGUUGUGUAGACAAUAUCCAUUAUCCAACAGUUUUUGUCAUCUUUGAUUCCAAUCAGAUCUAUCCCGAGUAUGUGCUUGAGUAUCGCUGCUACUAAUAUUGGUGAAAGUAAAAUAUCAACAGUGAAUUUCAGACAAGCUAAAAUGUUUAUAUAACAUGUCGUAUAAUAUAACAUAACAUAACAUGAAUACAAAAGUAUCCAGUGUAAUUGGAAACUAAAGUUUGUGCCUUAUGUAUUCCACAGUUUUAAAAAUAUUGAUUGUUACAGACAUUAAUAUAAAGCACAGAUACUAUAAUGUCUGAACUCAAAUAGACAGCCUUUAUUUACAAGAAAUCUAGAAGAUUUAAGUUAAUUUACAUGACUUGUCCAUUUAAACGAUAAUCAAUCGAUAAUUGAGGAUUUAUGGUGAUAGAAAUCAAACCUAAGAACUGCAAGAUGUUUUGUUGGUAAUGAGAAUAUGGAUGACAAAAUUAGGGUCAAGCAGAUGUUCGCCAUAUCGGGACAAGUCCAUUUGGUUGAGAAUGAGGUUCUCAAACAUUUCUUCUAGAUCAGUCUCUCCAAUAAGGACGACCUCAACAAUUCGGCCUCCAGACAGAACCACCUUCACAUACUCCUGACCUUUACUACAGCGAAUAAGAAGCUCAUGGUCCUGACCCAAUCCCUGUGCAUUAAACUUUAAAACCACCUAAAACUAAAAGUAUAGAAUGAACAUGAUUUAGUAAAAAGUUAUAUCCCAAUGUAAGUUAAAUGUUCUAUUAUUUGCAGAAAUGUCUGCUAAAUUAAUAAAUUUGACCUGUGCUGGCAAAAUGAGUCGGAAUGCGCACAGGCGAUUUUGUCGAUUUUGGUCGAAAUUGAGGUUUUCACAAAAAAAAAAAUACAUUAAAGCCUCAUCUAGCGAUCACAAUUCUCUAAAUACAGUAGUCAAUAAACAUCUUAUAUGAUGUUAAUAUGUACAUUUGAGAGGUGUACCAUCCCAAAUGCUUAAUCUAAUACAUAGAUGCGUGUCCAUCCACAUGUGCAUCUGACAUUUUGGUUUCGGUUUAAAACUCACAGGAAUUAGUAAAUAAAGUGCAGGACUUGCUUGAUGUUAAAAUAGUUAUUAAGAGCAACAAGACUCGAAAACAAUCUUCCUCGCACUGACUGACAGACCUGAAGCAUCCACGAGCCAGAUAUACACACACAUACACAGAAUUACAGUUUGAAAAAUAUCUGUUUUCACAAGAAUUCACAAAGAGAUGUUAUGUCUUAAAUUAAUGUUUGGUUAACUGUUAAAAAAAUAUCUGAUGUGCUACAUUAGCCUAUUAAGAUAGAUAUUAAAGCGGUCUGUCUCAAUGUCAAUCCAACAAUAAAAGAAAAAAGAAAAAAAAUCGUUGAACAUAUAGGUUCCCUGUAUUGUUUUUCACUUUGUGCGUGUCAAAUCUAUUC